UUUGCACUUUUCAUUCUAAUUUUAUACUCAUUUCUCUGUCUUUUAUUGUUUUUAUUUAUAUUUUUUCUACUUUCAGUAGUCACUGUUCUGUUGCCUUUAACACAGGGACAGGCAUAUCAUUUUAUAAUCGGUCAUCAUCAGCGUAACUUCGAUCAAUUGUAUCGGGAACCAAAUAGCAGAACUUACGUAGCAGACACAAAUUAUUCGGAUACAACUGCAGCUGAUUUGGAAAAUACAAAUUCAACAAUUAUUGUUACCACGGUACGUGAAUCAAACGAAUUAUCACAGACUGCCAUGGACAUCAUAACGAUCGUUUGGUAUGUGGCCACCUUUUUGGCUUUAGCUGCCUUCUUUUUACUUAUGGCUUGCUCGGAUAGACGAUGUAGUGAUACCCAACGUAAUGCCAAUAUGAAUACAAAUGAAGCUCCCAUACCACCACCCACACCCUCACCAUCAUACAGUGAAUUUGCCCCGCCCAGUUAUGACAGUGUUAUGAAAUUACAACAUCAAAGUAAAAAUACCAUAUUUGUCAUACCAUUUUCGGUGGAACCAACUGCUGCCAAAGAUGGUGUUAAUACCAGUGUGAAUAACCAGGUCAAUACAACAACAACGACAACAACAACAACAACAACUAAUACUAAUGCUAAUGAUCUGCCCUUAACUCCUAAUAUGAGUUUUUAUACCAUAAAUGAACUGCAAAAAUUAGGAAGUUAAUGUCAUUGGAGAUUUAUUUUUAAAAAAUUAUAUUUUUUUUCUCCUAAAAGAGAAAAAAUCUAAAUGAUACAUUUCUUAAAAAGUAUAUCUGUGAUAUUUUAGGGCAUUUUUUAAUAAUUUAGUUUAAAAUAAAGGUUGUUAGCCGCUGUUUAAGGAUUCUUUUAUACAUCAUUUAACAAGGUUAAAGUCAAAUCCAUUUGGUCACUACUUUUUUUUGUAUUAUCUAGUUCCAAAGUGUUUGAGUACUUAAACGUUUUACUGUGUUAAGUGCAUAGCCAUUAGUAUUUGUAUUUAAGUUUAAAUAAUGAUAAGACUGAUUAAAGCAUAAUUUUUAGUUAUGUAGUUGUCAUUUUUCUGCUUUAAACCAAUUUUGUAUUUAAGUUUAUUUUUUUGUAUUAGUUAGGAAAUAAAGUAUGUACUUAAAAAUAAUGAUAAUAAAUAAUAUAUAAAAAA